AUGGCGGACUGCAUACGUGUUCUUCAGCUCCUGCUUUUCUUGUGCGUCUCGCCAAUUUUCCGGCCUUGUCGAGCGGACGGCAACGUCCAGGCCAAACCCUGGCAGGUCCCGGCCAACGUUCAGAACCUGCCUGGCGGCGGGCUCCUACCGGUCUCUAACGUGGGCGCCGCUGAUAGAAACCCGGGCGCCGGAGGGGCCUCGGCGCCUCGGAAGCGUCCUGUCUGGAAGUUGUCCGAGGAGGCUGUGUGCAAGGACGACAUGAGGCGCCUGUGCCCCAGGGAUACGUGGAACAACAACCUGGCGGUGCUCGAGUGCCUUCAGGACAAGAAGGAUGAUACGGAGAUCGCACCAGACUGCAGCCAUCUGCUGUGGAACUACAAGCUCAACCUCACUACUGACCCCAAGUUUGAGUCUGUGGCUGUGGAUGUGUGCCAGUCCAGCAUCUCCGAGAUUAAAGAGUGCGCAGCGGAGGAAUUGGGCAAAGGAUACUUGGUAUCGUGCUUGGUGGACCAUCGCGGCAACAUCAGCGACUAUCAUUGCAAGCAGUACAUCACCAAAAUGACCAGCAUCGUCUUCAGCGACUAUCACCUCAUCUGCGGCUUCGUGGACAAAUGCCACGAUGACAUCAACUCGCUGCACUGUGGUAGCAUCAGCUCAGGAGACAAGGACAUCCACUCACAGGGCGAGGUGAUCGCAUGCCUGGAGAAAGGCCUGGUACAGGAGGCGGAGGAGCGGCCGGGGGCACACACCAUCAAGGACGAGUGCAAAAAGUCCAUCAUGAGGGUUGCCGAGCUCUCGUCAGACGACUUCCACCUAGACCGAUAUCUUUAUUUCGCCUGCCGGGAUGACCGAGAGCGCUUCUGCGAGAAUACCAUGGCGGGUGAGGGGCGUGUAUACAAGUGUCUCUUCAACCACAAGUUUGAGGAAGCUAUGUCAGAAAAGUGUCGCGAGGCGUUGACUACCAGGCAGAAGUUGAUUGCUCAGGACUACAAAGUCAGCUACUCGCUGGCAAAAGCUUGCAAGGCUGACUUGCGGAAAUACCGCUGCAGUGCUGACAACGGUGUGCCCCGAGCCCGAGAGGCACGACUCUCCUACCUUCUGCUCUGCCUUGAGUCUGCUAUUCACCGAGGUCGGGUGGUGAGUGGCGAGUGCCAGGGUGAGAUGAUGGACUAUCGGCGCAUGCUGAUGGAGGAUUUUUCACUGAGCCCCGAGAUUGUGUUGCACUGCCGCAGUGAGAUUGAGGCCCAAUGCUCGGGUCUGCACCGCAAAGGCCGCACCUUGCACUGCCUCAUGAAGGUUGGCCGUAGCGACGCUAUCGACCUCAACUGCCAACGUGCGCUGCAGACGCUGAUUCAAGAAGCCGAUCCUGGCGCAGACUACCGCAUCGACCGUGCUCUCAAUGAAGCCUGCGAAUCAGUCAUCCAGACAGCGUGCAAGCACAUCCGCAGUGGAGACCCCAUGAUCCUAUCAUGUCUGAUGGAGCAUCUGUACACAGAGAAAAUGGUCGAACUCUGUGAGCAUCGCCUCCUGGAGUUGCAGUAUUUCAUCGCACGAGACUGGAAGUUGGACCCUAUCCUGUACAGGAAGUGCCAGGGUGAUGCCGCACGCCUCUGCCACACGCAUGGCUGGAACGAGACGAAUGAGAUGAUGCCCCCCGGUGCCAUCUUUUCAUGCCUGUAUCGCCAUGCCUACCGAUCAGUGGAGCAGGGCCGCAGGCCUUCAAAUGGAUUCACUGAAGAUAAAAACAGCAACCUGUCUCGGGACUGCAAGGUGGAGGUGCAGAGGACCCUCCACCAGAGGGCAUUGGACGUGAAGCUGGACCCUGAGUUGCAGCGACGCUGCAUGACUGACUUGGGCAAGUGGUGCAGCGAGAAGACUGAGGCGGGACAGGAGCUGGAGUGUCUUCAGGACCAUCUGGAUGACCUGGUCCCAGACUGCCGCAACGUGGUUGGAAACCUGACUGAGCUUGAAUCCGAGGACAUUCAAAUCGAAGCACUGCUUAUGCGAGCCUGCGAACCUGUAAUUCAAGCGCACUGUCACGAGGUGGCGGACAACCAGAUUGAUUCAGGAGACUUGAUGGAGUGUUUGGUGCAGAACAAACACCAGAAGGAAAUGAAUAUCAAGUGCUCGGUGGGAGUCACACACUUGCAGCUGAUCCAAGUCAAAGAUUUCCGCUUUUCAUACAAGUUCAAGACUGCCUGCAAGGAGGACGUCCUCAAACUUUGUCCAAACAUCAAGAAGAAGGUGGAUGUAGUGAUGUGCCUGAGCAGCACGGUGAGGAACGACACCCUGCAGGAGGCCAAAGAGCAGCGCGUGUCAGUCAAAUGUCGCAAACAGUUGCGCGUGGAAGAGGUGGAGAUGUCGGAGGACAUCCGUCUGGAACCAGAACUUUAUAAGUCGUGCGAGCAGGAUAUCGGCCGCCUGUGUCAGAGGGGGGCCUUUGGAAAUGCACAAGUUAUCGAGUGUCUGAAGGAUAACAAGCGGAAGUUGACUCCACGAUGUCGCCAAAAGGUCUUCAAACUUCAGGAAGUGGAGAUGGAGGACCCUGACCUGGACUUUCAGCUCAUGAAAGGCUGUAAGAACAUGAUCAGGCGGUUCUGCACAGAGUCAGAGGGGAAGAAUGUCCUGCAGUGUCUGAAGCAGAACAAGAACAGUGAGAUGAUGGACCCCAAGUGCAAGCUACUCAUCACCAAGCGACAGAUGGCCCAGAAUACUGACUACAGGCUAAACCCAGUCCUGAGAAAGGCGUGCAAAGCCGACAUUCCUAAGUUCUGCCAGGGCGUCUUGAACUCUGCUGCCGCCGACGGCGAGCUGGAGGGGCGCGUGAUUGCCUGCCUCAAGCUCAAGUAUGCUGAUCAGCGUCUUUCAUCAGACUGCGAGGACCAGAUCCGGGUUAUACUCCAGGAGUCUGCGCUAGACUACCGAUUGGACCCUCAGCUGCAGCUCCACUGUACUACAGAGAUCGCACAUCUGUGUGCUGACGAAGCGGCGGCACUUGAGCAAACAGGUCAGGUAGAGGAAUGUCUGAAGAUCAACUUGCUCAAGAUCCAAGAGGAUGCUUGCAAGAAGGAGGUGUUGAAUGUUCUGAAAGAGAGCAAAGCAGACAUCUUUGUGGACCCUGUUCUGCACACUGCCUGCGCUCUCGACAUCAAACACCACUGCGCUGCUAUACCACCCGGCAAGGGGCGCCAGAUGUCGUGUCUAAUGGAAGCGUUGCAGGACAAACGUGUGCGUCUGCAGCCUGAGUGCAAGAAAAGACUUCAGGACCGUAUCGACAUGUGGGGCUUUGCCGCCAAGGUGGCGCCGGCAGAGGGAUUUUCAGACCUGGCAGCGCAGGUGUUGAUAUCCCCCUCCAAGAACUACAUCCUGACGGUGAUGGGCGGCGGUGUGACGCUGCUCUUCCUGAUGGGCUUGCUGUGCGGGAGGUUCACCAAACGUGUCACCCAGGAGCUGAAGAACAGGUAG